GAUUAAUUUUGAGAAUCUUGGAACUACAUUAUUUGUGACAUCUUCAGAUAUUCCCCCAUGUCUCCUUAUAUAUCAAUUUGCAAAUACAGAAGUAUAAGAAACACAUAUUAUCUUUUCAAUCAUCAUCAUUAAUGUGAGAAUCACUAGGUGCCUCAAGUAUUAGGCAUAAUCACAAGCUAAAUCCCCUUUUUUCCCUUCUACUAUUUCACACUAAUAAUAUUAGCAAUCAGCCCUACUUGAGUAACCUUCUCCAUUUUUCUUUCUAUUGCUUUUUUGGGUCUAUCCACUUUUUCCACUAUCUCUUCCCUGAAUUAUCCCGCCAACUGUUUGUCCCUUUUUCCAUCCCCCUCGUUCUCCAAUUCCUUUGUUUACUUCUGAGAAUUCGGAAUGAACCUCGAGAAGAAACAUUCAGAACAAGUGGAACAAUGUCGAGUGGGAAACAAAGUGUGGGAAGGGUGAAGGGGGAGGUCAAAAUAGACGUUGUGAAGUAUCCAUUUUGGUUUGGAGGUAGCGCAAGUUGUUUCGCGGCUUGUGUUACUCAUCCAUUGGAUCUUGGUAUGUGAUGUUCUCCUCUUGAUACAGAAAUUUGACUCUAUGUACGAACUUAUACUAAUUAUGCUAUAGUCAAGGUAUAACCCCUUUCGCGUGAAUGCGCAAACACAGAUUCAUGUCCAAUGCCUAGUACUAAACAAAUUACAUCGCCAGGUUCGAUUACAAACUCGAUCCGGAAAUGCGCCAAAAACUAUGGUUGGCACAUUCGUGCACGUCUUCAAGCACAAUGGAGUUUUUGGACUAUAUUCUGGACUCAGCGCAUCUCUCCUCCGUCAAAUAACAUAUAGUACCACCCGAUUCGGUAUCUACGAAAAACUCAAGACAAAUUUCACAUCAGGAAACAAAUCACCCUCCUUUCCAGUUCUUCUCGCCAUGGCCUCCACUUCUGGUUUUCUUGGCGGAAUCGUGGGAAAUCCUGCCGAUGUACUGAAUGUACGCAUGCAGCACGACGCUGCUCUUCCAGUCGAACAGAGAAGAAACUAUAAAAAUGCUGUGGAUGGAUUGAUACGAAUGACGAAGGAAGAAGGAUGGAAAAGUUUGUACCGCGGGGUAUGGCCGAAUAGUAUGAGAGCUGUUUUGAUGACUGCUUCUCAAUUGGCUACAUAUGAUGGCUUUAAACAACUACUUCUCGGACAUACACCAAUGAAAGAUGGGCUCUUAACACAUUUCACUGCUUCUUUCAUGGCGGGAUUCGUGGCUACCACAGUUUGCAGUCCGGUAGAUGUUAUCAAAACAAGAAUUAUGAGUAGCCAUGAAAGUAAGGGAUUGGCGAGACUUUUGACGGAUGUGUAUAAAGUAGAGGGUGUUGGAUGGAUGUUUAGGGGCUGGGUACCGAGUUUUAUUCGCUUGGGUGAGUUUCAAUUGCUACUCUCCUUCACGUUUUAAUUCAAAAUAUGAGAUGCAUAAGGAGCAUGAAGGAGGUGGGAACGCUAAUCAAGAAAUCAUAGGACCUCAAACAAUUGCAACAUUUCUCUUUCUCGAACAACAUAAGAAAAUGUACCGAUCUCUAAAAGGAUUCAAAGAACCCGAAGCUACAGUCGUCUGAGCCCAUUCCGCGAAAUUUCUCACUCUGAACAAACAGUCACACGCCUAUCUAGUCUGGUUUCGGACGUAGAUUUUCCUUCGACGCAGCAAUCAACAAGCGCUGUUUUCAAUUCCUGAAUCUGAUAUGGGUGUAGCAGCCCACUAAUUUUGAAAGUUUGGUUUAGGCCAAAUCAAGCCAGACGGCCACCUAUUACGAACUCUUUAAAUUGUCACACUUUUAUACCCUCUGCAAAACCUACAUACCCUACGAUCCUACAUAUCUUAUCCUUACUCGGUACAUAUAACCACCUAGGCAAAAAGUCAUGGAAAAAAACUCGGCGUUGGUGAAAAAUUAUGCGGUACGCAUAAACUACUUUAUAGAUUGGAUUGGAUAGAUUAGAUACGUGAUUCCUCAUAGAUUAGAUCUUACAUUAGAUCCUAGAUUCGAUAGAUACAUAAUGAAUGAUAUUGG